AUGGAUACCGUUACCUAUGCCAUGGAUACCGUUACCAAAGGCAUGGAUACCGUUACCGAUGCCAUGGAUACCGUUACCUAUGCCAUGGAUACCGUUACCUAUGCCAUGGAUACCGUUACCAAAGGCAUAGAUACCGUUACCUAUGCCAUGGAUACCGUUACUAAAGUCAUGGAUACCGUAACCAAAGACAUGGAUACCGUCACCAAUGCCAUGGAUACCGUUACCUAUGCCAUGGAUACCGUUGCCUAUGUCAUGGAUACCGUUACCUAUGCCAUGGAUACCGUUACCUAUGCCAUGGAUACCGUUACCUAUGACAGGGAUACCGUUACCUAUGCCAUGGAUACCGUUACCUAUGCCAUGGAUACCGUUACCUAUGUCAUGGAUACCGUUACCUAUGCCAUGGAUACCGUUAACUGUGUCAUGGAUACCGUUACCUAUGUCAUGGAUACUAGUGAAAAUGUCUUCUCACACACUCUGAUAUCCUUUAAUACUUAUUACAAUUCUUUCACACUUUUUUCCUCUAUACUACUACUACAGAUAUGA